GAAAUUACCCCAUGGUCACCAUGCCGGAGAUGCUCGAUGAUCUGGAUUUGGCUCUCGCAUGGAUCAAGGAUAACCUGGCUUCCUAUGGAGCCACAUUGGACGACUCUCCGGUCGCCCUGGUGGGACCGUCUGCUGGUGCUCAGCUGGCGGCGACGCUGCUCUUGCGUCAGUGCCAACGUGAAGCUCUUGACCUGGAAGGAUCCCUUUCCUGGUCCCCGUCGAUGUUCAAGGUUUUCGUGGGCGUCUCUGGAGUUUAUGAUUUGCCCAUGGAGGCUGAGCAUUUGGAGACCAUCGGAAUUGUUCCAUUCCUCUCACACCUUUCUGUCGACGGUGACCUCACGUCCUUCUCACCUAGCUUGAUGCUCCAGGAGGAGAUUUACUCCAAAGCUGCCGGCCGACACCCAGCGGUGCAUCUUUUCCAUGGUCAGGCAGACACUAGUGUGCCACUGGAGAUGAGCACAAGCUUCGCCCGGGCCUUGAGAAAGGCCAACGUACCCGUGGAGGUCUUCCUCCAAAAGGGCGCCACGCACUCGGAACCGGUGGUGGAAGGGCCUUUAGCUGGCGACGAUAUCCAGGCGCAGCUCAUCUUGCCAUACCUACUCCCAGACGUGCGGCUCCCCCGCGCGCCCUGCUUCAUGCCCCGAUCGGUAUUGGCGAUCGCCAAAUGGGUGAUGCCUUUCUAAGAUGCAGGCAAAAUUCAGUGCAACACUGAGGUGUGCUUACAGAAAAAGGUGAACUUAGGUCAUCGGGUUGAACAUGCAGCCCACAUGACCGCAAGAAACUGGCGACCUGGUAGUCAUCCCGCUGGAUACGG